AAGCCAGCCAGCAGCCAACCUGCCAACACUUACUGACACUCACUCAUCUCAGAGGGAGAGGUGAAGAGGGAGACAAAAUACCUACCGGGGAAAAAAAAAAAGAACGGAGGAAGUCCACGUUUUGCAAACUAUUCCAUUUUUCUUCGCAUCCUACCCCACCCUCCCCCUCCCGGUAGUUAAAAAAAAGGGGGGAGAGAGGGAGAAAAGAACCUAUAGCUCUCCUACAAGACAAACCCCAAACGCGGAGUUACUGAGAGAAGAACCCGAGGUUAAAAAGAUUCCUCUUUUCUUCUUCAUCAUCAUCAGCCAUCAUUCAUUCACUACCUUGACAUUCCAUGGCUUUGAUUGACAGCUGGAGUGGCAAAAAGCCAUGAGACACGACAGUUUGGUUACAUGUGGGUUGCUGACGGGCCGAUCGUAACCUUCAGUUGGGGGGUUGACGAUUUUUAAUUUUUUUUUUAAUUAUUAUUAUUUUUUACGCAAAGGAAGAAAAAAAAGGAAAGAGACAGAGAAAGGGGAAACGGAGAAGCAGCGCGCGGGAAAAAAGAAGAUCACAAACUCGACGGGGUUCUUUGCCUACUUUUUAUUGUUAUUGCUGUUGUCUUUUAUGAUUAUUUAAGCGUGCUGGAGAAGUCUAUAAGUGGGUCGAAAGGACAAGGGGGAAAAGGGCUUCUUCUUCUUCUUCACCACUCAAUCACUUUUUGUUGUUGUUGCUGGACUGGGAUAUUAAAUAUAGGACACCUCCAGGAGUUUAUCGGAGCGCAGACUGAUGGCGCAAAGGCCCUGCUUCCCACCGCCGCUCCGAAGUAUUAAUCUGUUUACUUGUGGGUUGUUUUGUUUAUUCGUGCUCCGCUCUCUUCUGACUCGGCGAACAUUUUUCGCUUCUUCCUCUCCACGCUUCCAGUUUCCUCCUUUAUUUUGCCUUCGGUAGAUUUCUCCUCGCCAUCAGCAAAAACACACACUCUGUCUCUCUUUCUCGCACACACAUACUCCCGGUCCCUUCAUUCCCUUCCCCCAGCUCUAUAAACUGCACUUUUUAUUUUGAUUUCAGUCUGUACAGCUUUCUCUCUCUCCACCCUCCCCUCUCUCUGUUGUGGCUGGUCCUGGUUUGUAGUUUUGCUCUGUUUUGUCUGAGUCUGGGUGCUUUACUCUCUUCUGACUUUUGUUGUUGUUGUGUUUUUUUAUUUUAUUUCUCUCUCCCUCUUUUUUUUGCUCUUUUUUUCCUUUCCUCAAACCCUCUUUUCUCCCCCUGGUUUUCUUUCUUUCUUUCUCUUUCUUUCUUUCUUUCUUUCUUUCUUUCUUCUGGCCCAUUUUCUUUUUGACAGUACGAUGAGCUGCCUCAUUACGGCGGGAUGGACGGAGUAGGGGUACCUGCUUCCAUGUACGGAGACCCUCACGCCCCCAGGCCGAUCCCCCCAGUCCACCACUUGAACCACGGGCCGCCACUCCAUGCCAGCCAGCAUUAUGGAGCCCACGCCCCGCACCCCAAUGUCAUGCCGGCCAGCAUGGGAUCGGCUGUCAACGACGCCCUGAAGCGGGACAAGGAUGCGAUCUACGGGCACCCGUUGUUCCCCCUCUUAGCUCUGGUCUUUGAGAAGUGCGAGCUGGCGACCUGUACCCCGCGAGAGCCUGGGGUGGCCGGCGGAGACGUCUGCUCCUCAGACUCCUUCAACGAGGACAUCGCCGUCUUCGCCAAACAGGUUCGGGCGGAAAAGCCACUUUUUUCUUCAAAUCCAGAGUUGGACAAUUUGAUGAUCCAAGCAAUACAAGUCUUAAGGUUUCACCUUUUGGAAUUAGAAAAGGUCCAUGAGUUGUGUGAUAAUUUCUGCCAUCGGUACAUUAGCUGUUUGAAAGGCAAAAUGCCCAUAGAUCUAGUUAUUGAUGAAAGAGAUGGCAGCUCCAAAUCUGAUCAUGAAGAGCUCUCAGGAUCAUCCACAAACUUAGCAGACCAUAAUCCUUCCUCUUGGAGAGACCACGAUGAUGCAACCUCAACGCACUCAGCAGGCACACCAGGGCCUUCCAGUGGGGGCCAUGCUUCCCAGAGUGGAGACAACAGCAGUGAGCAAGACUGCCAGCCAAAUGAACACUUUAGGAGGAGGUGUAUAAAUAUGUCUGCAGCACCCAGAGAGUUAAUCCACCCCAUUGUGCAUAGGUGUUGGAGCUCUUAUGGGGAUGGUUUAGACAACAGUGUAGCCUCUCCCGGCACAGGGGAUGAUGAUGAUCCAGACAAGGAUAAAAAGCGGCAGAAGAAAAGAGGAAUUUUCCCCAAAGUAGCAACAAAUAUCAUGAGAGCAUGGCUGUUCCAACAUCUCACACAUCCGUAUCCUUCAGAGGAGCAGAAGAAACAGUUAGCCCAAGACACGGGACUUACAAUUCUACAAGUAAACAACUGGUUUAUUAAUGCCAGAAGAAGAAUAGUACAGCCUAUGAUUGACCAGUCAAAUCGAGCAGGUUUUCUUCUUGAUCCUUCAGUGAGCCAAGGAGCAGCGUAUAGUCCAGAGGGUCAGCCAAUGGGAAGCUUUGUACUGGAUGGUCAGCAGCACAUGGGAAUCCGGCCUGCAGGUUUGCAAGGCAUACCAGGGGACUACAUAUCUCAGGGUGGUCCUAUGGGUAUGAGUAUGACACAGUCAAGUUACACUCCUCCCCAGAUGACCCCACACCCUACUCAAUUAAGACAUGGACCCCCUAUCCAUUCAUAUUUGCCAAGCCACCCCCAUCACCCAGCCAUGAUGAUGCACGGAGGACCCCCUACCCAUCCUGGAAUGACCAUGUCAGCACAGAGCCCCACCAUGUUAAAUACUGUAGACCCCAAUGUCGGUGGACAGCUUAUGGACAUUCAUGCCCAAUAGUAUAAGGAAACUCAAGGGAAGAAAAAAAAAACUAUUUUAAGACUUUUGAACUUUGACCAGAUGUUGACACUUAAUACACAAUUCCAGACAGCUGUGAUUAUUUUUUACUUUUGUCAUUUUUCAUCAACAACAGAGGACCAAUGGAAACAAGAACACAAAUGUGAAAUCAUGGGCUCACUGAAAACAAUCUAUUGUCCAUGUAAAGAUCCUCUGGGGGGAAAAAGACUCCAAGAGUUAUAACUACUGUAGUAUAUAAACAUAGGAACUAAGUUAACUUGUAUAUUUCUGUUGAUCACUCCGUUAUGUUGCCUCAAAUAGUUUUAGAAGGAGAAAAAAAUAUCCUUGUUUUCCACACUAUGUGUGUUGUUCCCAAAAGAAUGACUGUUUUGGUUCAGCAGUGAAGUCACUAUCCAUGAAAGACGAAAGUAUAUUUCAGACCUGUUUUGGCCAGUGAGAAAAGAAUUACCCUGGAGAUGAAGUUAAAGUCUUGCUGGGUCUCUCGUCACUCAGAAGACAGUUCCAAGAAGGCCUUGCCAUCCCCUGGUUUUGUUCCUUCAUAAAUGUGUCCUUUAGUUUCAAACAGAUCUUUUAUAGUUUGUGCUUCAUAAGCCCAAGAUAUUUUUGGACUCUUUUUUUUCAAAGAGCUUGCCGGUGAAAAUUUAAAAGGACAGAGCAGGAGCCUUCUUCUAGUAGUUCUGAGCCCUUGGCUUGGGACAAGACAAAUUGGAAGGUUGGGCAGCUUUCCUCAACAAAAGAAGAUAUUAAUGGUCUUUGCACCAAACCUAGAACAUUACCAUGAACUCAGAGCUUGGGAAAAAGCAAGAGAAUACUGUAACAAACUUCGUACAGAGUUCGGUCUAUUAAUUGUUUCAUGUUAGAUAUUCUAUGUGUUUACCUCAAUUGAAAAAAAAAGAAUGUUUUUGCUAGUAUCAGAUCUGCUGUGGAAUUGGUAUUGUAUGUCCAUGAAUUCUUCCUUUCUCAGCACGUGUUCCUCACUAGAAAAAAAAAUGCUGUUACCUUUAAGCUUUGUCAAAAUUUACAUUAAAAUACUUGUAUGAGGACUGUGACGUUAUGUUUUAAAGAAAAAGGUGUUAAGUCACAAAAUGCGGUAAUAAAUAUUUCAUUUUUGAUUUUU